AUGAAAGAAGCUAAGAACCUUGGUAUGAGCUCGGUUUGCGUUGUUAGUGACGAGGAGAUAAAAUCGAGGAAAUUUCAAAACACAGAGGACAUAAAAUCGGGGAAAUUUCAUUUGAUAUUUGGUUUGGCCGAAAACGUUCUUGACAAGUCUUCAGUUCACGCUUUAAAAUAUUCAAUUUGUCAUUUGCGUAAUCGUUUGGUUGAUUUUGUUAUACACGAGUCUCACGUCAUUGAGACGUGGACUGGAGAAAGGAAAAUACAAAUUUAA